AUGCAAAGAUCCAGCAGCAGGAGACUCCGGCCAGCGGCUAGCACCCGGGGAAGUCAGAGCGGUCCCCAGGAUCUGACUAAACUUCUCCAGAGAGCUAAUGAAUAUUACGCAGCCCGUUGGUCAAAAUGCAUCUACAGCUUCCCUGAUCUCAGGAACGUGGUGCUUAUUGACAGCUUUUAUUUUAAUAAAAAUCUGAUUAUUCAGUUCAACAGCACUGUGGGGAGAUUUGUGGGGUUUAAUGAGUAUGGAAUAAGAGUUGCAGAGCGAUGGAACAAUAGCACCAUACUACAAACAGAGAUAGCCAGUAUUGACGCAGAAUGCAGAGCUGAUGUUUUGAGCAGGGAUCCCGCUAUCCGUGAUAAAACAGUGAAACCAAAGGUUAAGCUCAGUUUAGUGAAACCGACUGGUGGCAGCCAUCCAGCUGUCUUGAUGUGCAGCGCAUAUGAAUUUUAUCCUCCACACAUCAAAGUGUCCUGGCUGAGAGAUGGUAAAGUGAUGACCUCAGAUGUGACCUCAGUUAUGGAGAUGGCUGAUGGUGACUGGUACUACCAGAUUCACUCUGAGCUGGCAUACAUCUCAAAACCUGGAGAGAAGAUCUCCUGUAUGGUGAAGCAUGCCAGCUCAGCUCAACACAUCAUCGUAGACUGGGAUCCAACUCUUCCUGAUUCUGAGAUCAUUAAAGUCUGUAUUGGGGUGUGUGGUCUGGUGCUGGGAAUCAUCGUAGUAGCUGCUGGACUCAUUUACUUCUACAAUAAGAAAUCAUCAGAAAGGACCAUACAUCAUCAAUGAUGGUAGGUUUCAUACACUUUUGAUUACUCAAUUGUCAAACUCAGUCAGUUGAUUAAUAAUAAUUCAAAUUUCAGGUCCACAUUCUGACUGCAAGGGGACUAUCAAUGAAGAAUUUAUCCAUUAUUGCGUCAUACACAAUCUUAAU